AUGGCUUCUCUCAACGAGCAGUUCGAAGAGAGAAAGAAGAGACUUCAGCUUUUGGCUCGCAAGACUUGUGGAGAUGGUUCUCGACAGAAUCACACUGGAGCCGGUGACAGAGUUCCAGAAGGCGAGGAGCAUGAAGCUAAAAAGUUAAAGCUUGACGCUCAAAUCUCUGGGUCAUCUCCCUCAUUUGAAGCCAAGCCUGUAGCAGACGACAUUGACGAUGUUGUUGAGACUGAAGUAACAGUUGAACACUUUACUGUCAAGAAACCAACUAGUGAUCUUGAAGCAAAGCUACGUCCGGAUCUUGACGAGUUAGAGAGACGUACAAACCAAGCCAUACAGAGACUUGUACGACAAAGAUAUUUUGGUAUAACUCAAGAUAAUGACAACAAAGAUGAUAAGGCGUAA